CGCGCUGAAUUUUGCCGCCAAAAACAUCUGACUCGACUCGUCCGAGCUGUUGCUUGUCCCAUUGUUUUCAUUUUGAUUAUGAUGUCCGUUUUUAGCAUUUAUUAUGUGUAGUUACCUAUCUGCUUCUCUUUUACGCACUUGACCCAAGAAAUCACCUGUGUUUCCACAAUGAGUGAUUCAAUCGCAUCAGGCAGGCAGAAACGCCAGAAGUUAGAUAAGCAUGGGAAGUUUGCAGCUCUUCAAAGACUGAAAGAAUUGAAAGGCAGCAAGAACAAGUAUGAAGUGUCAGAUGUGGACCGAGUUUAUGAAGAAGUCGAUGAAAAAGAGUACGGCAGGAAAGUGCUAGAGCGUGCAGAUGAUUGGAUCGUUGAUGAUGAUGGAAGUGGCUAUGUUGAAGAUGGCAGAGACAUCUUUGAUGAUGAUUUGGAUGAGGAAUCAAUAUCUAAAACUUCAAAGAGCAAAUCUGCAUCUUCAAAGAAAGGGAAGUCAUCUGAACACAAUGAGAACAAGGGAUCUUCCAGCAUUCGUAAUAUGCUCAUGAACAUGCCUGUGAAGAAAAAGGAAUCCAACGUUAAAUUAGAAGAUGAUGAUGUCCUGGGGGACAUCAUGUCUGAACUUAACUGUGAUGGAAACUUGAACACAUCAUCCUCAAGUGGUAUUGUGGAAGUAUCAGCAAGUGACUAUUUGAAAUCUUUUAAGAAGAGUGUCAAGAUUCCAAAAGCAGAACCUCCACCUCCAAAGCCUAAACCAGAAGUUGCCAAACCUCCAGUGGUGAUAAAGCCGAUCGUUAAACAAGAAGAAAUCGUGGUUGUUAAAAGUGAACCCAUGAGUCCUGAGAAGAUGGAAGUGGUUGCAGAAUCUCAACGCAUUGAUGAUUUUGAUUCCAACGAUGGCUUUCCUACUGAUAUUCCUGAGUGCAAUGCCAUUUCAGCUGCUAAUGAUGUCAACUGGGACAUUGAAGAUUUUGACUCACAGGAUAUCAACAAAGCUGUUUCAUUUGUUAGUUCUUCUUCACAUGAAAAGGUUGACUUAAAAGCCAAAAUUAAGGAAGAGCCAAAUCUUACUGAUAAUUUAAAACAGGGGCCGUCCGAGUUAGAUUCUAAAAGUGAAUCUGGGUUUACAGAAGAACAAUUGAUUUGGGCAGCCAUGCAAGCAGAUACUGAGAAUUCUGCUGUACCUGUGGAUGUUAAUUUAGAUCUAUCUAAAUUGCCUCUUGUAACGAACGAGAAAGGUGAACAAGUUCUUCGCCUCUUUUGGUUGGAUGCCUAUGAAGAUCCUUUCCGGCAGCCUGGAACUGUGUACUUGUUUGGUAAAGUCUGGAUUGAAUCGGCCAAAUCCCAUGUCAGCUGCUGUGUGUGUGUCAAAAAUAUUGAGAGGAGGAUCUACAUUUUGCCACGCGAAGAGCAAGUGGAUUUAACUACCAAAGCUGCAACGGGCAAAUCUGUCUCUCUCAUGGAUGUGUACAAUGAAUUUAAUAACAAUGUUGCUAAGAAAUUCAAGAUAACCCAGUUUAAGUCAAAGAAAGUGACAAAAAAUUAUGCCUUUAAUCUGCCAGAUGUGCCUCUAUCAUCUGAAUACUUAGAGGUGAAGUAUCCUGCGUCAUGUGGUGCAUUGCCAAGCAAUUUGGAAGGUUCUACUUUCAGUCGGAUCUUUGGCACCAACACAAACAGCCUUGAGUUACUUUUAAUUGAACGGCGCAUUAAAGGCCCAUGUUGGUUGGAUCUACAUGCCCCCGAGCCUGUGAAGAACUCAGUGAGCUGGUGCAAGAUUGAAGCCAGUCUCUCAAAACCUGAACAUGUCACAAUCUACUCAGGCAAGCCUAUACCACCACCACCUAUAGUGGUGGCCUCACUCAACAUGAGAACUGUAGUUAAUCCAAAAACCCAUCAAAGUGAGAUUGUUAUGCUUGGGUGUCUUGUCCACCACCAGUUCCAUUUGGACCGUCCAGCACCAAAUCCUCCCUUUCAACAACAUUUUUGUGCUUUUACUAAGCCUUGUGACAUGCCAUGGCCCCUUGAUCACAGGGAAGCUGCUACACGCUUCUCAGGUACCAAGACAGAGAAGGUUGAUACUGAAAGAGCUUUGCUUGGAUUUUUCCUUGCAAAACUGUUCAAGCUGGAUCCUGACCUAUUGGUGGGCCAUGAUAUUUCUGGCUUUGACUUGGAAGUACUCAUGCACCGUAUAUUUGUGAACAAAGUGCCCAAUUGGUCAAGAAUGGGGCGCCUGAAAAGGGCCAAUCCACCACAAAUGAAGGGUCGGAUACAGCUAGAAAGGAAUCCAGUGUGUGGAAGACUUGUGUGUGAUGUUAAAAUUUCUGCCAAAGAGUUAAUCAGAUGCCGAAGCUAUGAUCUUAGUGCUUUGUGUGAGACUGUAUUAAAAUUGAAAGAAGAUGAACGCCAAGAUGUUCCAGCUGAUGAGAUUCGUAAAUAUUUUAUAAACUCACGAGACAUGUACACUCUCAUCACUCGAACUAUGCAAGAUGCUGUGUACACUAUUCGCCUCAUGUGUGAGCUUAAUGUUUUGCCACUGGCAAUGCAGAUCACCAAUAUUGCUGGAAAUCUUUUGUCACGGACUCUUAUGGGUGGAAGGUCAGAACGCAAUGAAUAUCUCCUUUUACAUGCAUUUACUGAAAAAGAAUAUAUAGUUCCAGAUAAGGAGUACAAGAAAACUGGCAAGCAAGUCCAGGAAGCAGACAUUGAAGAUUUGGAUGAAACUGGUGCUGAAGGAGGGAACCGCACUAAAAAGCAAGGUACCUCCAGUAGAAGGAAGCCAGCUUAUUCUGGAGGCUUGGUGUUGGACCCCAAGAAAGGAUUCUAUGACAAACUCAUUUUAUUAAUGGACUUCAAUUCUCUGUAUCCAUCAAUUAUCCAAGAGUACAAUAUAUGCUUUACUACAGUAAAUGUUGCACAGAAGCUUGAUGAUGAUGUUGAGCCAGAUCUUCCUCAGUCCAAUCUUGAACCAGGAAUUCUGCCUACUGAAAUCAGGAAACUUGUUGAAAGCAGAAGAGAAGUUAAAAAACUCAUGAAAAACCCAGACCUAUCUCAUGAACUACGAAUGCAGUAUAAUAUUCGUCAAACUGCUCUGAAAUUAACUGCCAACAGUAUGUAUGGGUGCUUGGGAUUUUCUUUCUCAAGGUUCUAUGCCAAACCGCUUGCUGCAUUAGUUACUGCCAAGGGCCGGGAAAUUUUAAUCAAUACAAGAGACCUUGUCCAGAAACUGAACUAUGAUGUGAUAUAUGGAGAUACUGAUUCUAUUAUGAUCAAUACUAACUGUCUGGAUUAUUCAGAAGUUUUCAAAAUUGGUCACAAGAUUAAAGCUGAGGUCAACAAACUCUAUCGGCAAGUUGAACUUGAUGUUGAUGGUGUAUUCAAGUAUAUGCUCUUGCUCAAGAAGAAAAAAUAUGCUGCUGUGACCAUUAGCCAGUUACCAAAUGGUGAUUUUGUGACCUCCCAAGAGCUCAAAGGUUUGGAUAUUGUCCGACGUGAUUGGUCUCAAAUUUCAGCAGAAGCAGGAAAGUUUAUUCUGUCUCAAAUAUUGUCCGAUAUGCCUCCUGAUGACAGAAUAGAAGCAAUACAUGCUCACCUUGUUCGAUUACGUGAAGACCUCGAAGAGGGGAAAGUUCCCAUUCAACUCCUUGCUAUUACCAAACAGCUCACCAAAGACCCUGUUGACUAUGUCGACUGCAAGCAUCAGCCUCAUGUGUUGGUAGCAAUGCGCUUGAAUUCUCGAGGGGGCAAGCGUAUUAAACAGGGAGAUACUGUCUCAUACGUGAUUUGUGAGGAUGGCUCCAAUUUGAGCGCAAUUCAACGUGCCUACCACAUUGAUGAACUAAAGGGCAGCAGCAACCUGAAAGUGGAUAUUAAGUACUAUUUAUCACAACAAAUCCAUCCUGUUGUGUCAAGGCUGUGUGACCCUAUAGACGGUACAGAUGCUGCUCGCAUUGCAGAAUGUCUGGGUCUUGAUCCAACUUCAUAUAGACGCCAGUUACAAAGGGCAGAAGAAAACGAGGAUGCAAUGUUUGGAGAGAGGGCUAUUCUAGAUGCUCGGGAGCGUUUCCGGGAUUGUGAGAAGUUUAAGUUCUCUUGCACUAAAUGCAAUAAGGAAAUUGUUAUUGAUUCACCUUACCGCAAAACAGAGCUUGGUGAAUAUCAACUUGUCUUAGAAAAAUGUACCAAUGCAGAAUGUGAUCAAUCACCCAUGCAGCAUUUGGCACCCAUUCAAAAUGCUCUCACACUAGCAAUGCGGGCUUAUAUUCAACGCUAUUAUGCUUGUUGGCUGAUCUGUGAGGAUCCUGCAUGUACUCAAAGAACAAGACGUCUCCCUCUUCGGUUUCAAAGCAACUACCCUAUUUGCAAUUUGUGUGAGAAAGGGGUGAUGUUCAAAGAGUACACAGACACUGAACUGUAUAAUCAGUUGAGCUACUUUCAGCACAUCUUUGACUUGUCAAAAAUACCCACCAAUGACAAGAAGCAUCUCAAAAUAUCAGUGGAAACAGACACAGCUUAUUAUAAGCUGAAGGAUCAUGCUGAGCACUUCCUGAAGCACAGCGCCUAUUCUGUGGUCAACAUGGGCCGCAUGUUUGAAGGAAUGUAUAUGACUGGCCCACCCUCCAAAACCAAUAUGCAUAUUAAGCAAGAGAUUAAACAGGAACCGCUUUGAUUUUGUAAACUAUAUAUGAUAUGUUGAUAUGUAUUUGCUUAUUUUUUUAUUUUCAUGUGCACAAAGUGCAUGUAGUUCUUUUAAAACCACAGCCCUUAUGUUUUAUUUGAGUUUUAUUUGAAGAGGUACAUAUUUUUGUACAUAUUAUUUUUUAUAUAAUGUAAGGUCCAAAUUCUCCCUAUUUUAUGACAUUUUUAUUUGCUGUUUGUAAAAUACAUUUUUGUGUCCAAAUUGUCAUUGGUUUUUAGUGUGUAAAUAACUUCACUGUUCUACUUCUCAGCAGUCUUAAUAAAAUCUUUUUUCUUGU